GAAUCGAAGCGACCUUUUCAAAGAUGGCCGACCGGGUUGGGGCAUCGGUCGACGGCGAAGUCCCAUCCGAUCAGAGCCAGGAAACGGCGUCGAAAUCCUCCCGAAAUACGCAGUGGGUCAAGCUCAAUGUCGGCGGCACUUGCUUUCUCACGACCCGGACGACGCUCUGCCGAGAUCCAAAGUCCUUUCUGUACCGGCUAUGUCAAGAAGACCCCGAACUCCAUUCUGACAAGGACGAGAGCGGGGCGUACUUAAUAGACAGGGACCCGACCUACUUUGGGCCCGUGCUCAACUACCUGCGACAUGGCAAGCUGGUCAUCAACAAGGACCUCGCCGAGGAGGGGGUUCUGGAGGAGGCUGAGUUCUACAACAUCACGGAGCUGAUCAAGCUGGUGAAGCGGCACAUCCAGGAGCGCAACCGGGACCACCGCUCCCGGGAUGCCCGCAAGCACGUCUACCGAGUGCUCCAGUGCCACGAGGACGAGCUCACCCAGAUGGUCUCCACCAUGUCCGACGGGUGGCGCUUCGAACAGUUGAUCAACAUUGGGUCGUCAUACAACUACGGGAACGACGACCACGCCGAGUUCCUGUGCGUGGUGUCGAGAGAGUACCCCAGCUCGACUUCGCACACCACGGACCGAGAGUUUGAGCCCACCGACCGAGCCCAGCUCAUCCAGCAGAAGGCUGCCCGCAUGUGAAGAAAGCCGUACGGAGCGGCGCACUGGAGAAGGAGCGGCCAUGGCGCCCGUCGCCGUGGUAACGUCGCACUCUCUUCUACCAAAGCACCACCACUACCUUCGGCAAGGCAGCCUGCUCGCCUACUUUGCAGAGGGGGGCUUCAACGUCUCCGGUCUCCCUCAACCCCAAGACCGGCGUGCAGCGUCGCCGGGCACGUAGUUCCUGCGACCGUGCGUCGUGGCAACCUGGGCGGACCACCGACGCGAGCGCGACGUUCCCGAGCGCGAACCGUUGUCGGGCGACCGACCUUGCGGCCCCAUACUCAACAGGAACACGUUGGGAAGCGUACUUAAUUUAGGCGAUGGGAAACGGGAAUGCGUGGUGACGGACCACCGGUGCAAUGUUGCGGCAACGUUGCCGGCGUGACGCCUGUGGGCGGGUGGCAAAUUGGCACGACGUGCGUCACAACCUGCUGGCGUGCUGUUGCGUAAUUAAGGCUACUGUCGCGCGUGUGUGGAAAUGUUCCAACGUUUACGUUAUACUGCCGCAGUGCGGGUGCUCUCGAGCGGGAGCUCCGACCUGCAGUGUCCCUGUAAUGUCGGUCAUGCGUGCGAAGUCGUACGGACAUUGAGCCAACGUCGAUUCGGCAUUGCGGUGACCUUUGCAUUCUUUUGUGCGACGCAAACGCGGCACAAACUUUUUGCCGGCACGCUGCCGGCACGGCACGGACGUUUCCAUCGCAACGGCUACUUUGGCAUGGCUUUGCGGAUGUCGGUCCAACGUCGGCAGAGCUCUAGCCGGUCUAGUCUCUUUUGUAACGGUACCUGCAGUUUCCCUUCUCUCCCAAGUGGGCGUCAGCCUGCACUGCAACACUCCAAAGCCAAGUCGACUUUGCGGGUUGGCUUUGUAGCCGACCUGGAUUCGGCUUUAGAGCCAGCUUUACGGGUCGGCUGUGGGGCCUACUUUGUGAGGUGGCUUUAGAGCCGACCAGGAGUUGGCUUCACUGCCAACUUCGCAGGUUGGCUGUGGAGUCGACUUGGAGUUAGCCUUGAAGCCAACUUUGGAGGUUUGUUUUGGAGCCGACCCAAAGUCGGCAAAUACAACUGAGCCGGCCCAUAGUCGGCUGUGGAGCCGACGUUUUGGGUGCCAGCUUCGUGUCGUCGUGGCAGUUGCCGCAUAGCCCUGCCUCUUUUUUCUAAGAGAUUUUGUAGCACGAUGAACGUCUGUUAGUCGUUUUCUUGUGGGGGAGGGGGGAAGUGAGAUGAGUUGGGGGAGGAGGGGGGCACGCAAAGUUUGUGAAAAACGGUGGGCCUAUUUCUUUUCACUACUCGCUGAUGUGUCGCGUUUACUUAUCGGUUGUCAUUUGGCGUCCCUUUCUUUGCUGGGUGAAUCCGUAUGCUCGAGGAGGGGUGAGCGUUUACUUAACGGCUGACUUAUUUAUAAUUCUGGGGACAGUAGGGCAGCCAGCUCCUCUUCAUUCCGGUCACCACUGUAAUAAGCUGUGGGUCUAAUCUUUUACAUAUUUGGAAAGAAGGCAUCCUAACUGCAUAUACGGUCCAGUGGAUAUCCCCAGGAUGUCAAAACUAGGCCGUGGGCUUUCCGGUUUUAGCCGAAAAACACCGAUAAAUGUCCGUCGGUUUUAUAUAUGCAAGAUCGGUUUAACAAAAAAACACCAGUAAACAACUGUUGAAGAAAGUAAGAAACGCAGGCGAGCUGGUGAAUGACAUCCAUAGUAAUUCUGAGACCUACGAAUAAUAAAUAGAGACUUCGUUGCUCUGUCCGUUUUUUUAUUUUUCCUACGUCUCGGUGUUACUAUGGAAACAGCUGUUGGUGUCAAAAAUGCAAAAUCGGUUAAAACUGGAAAAUGCCAAUUUGCUCCGGCUAGACCGUUUUUGUUGAAGCCCUUGGACUUUCUCUUAGUUUUUCAUUCAAAUUUUUCCACCAAUAAUCACAGUUCUUAGUGUCGGUUCGAAACAGAUCGACAGAAUACACCAAUAUUUGAAAAAUGAAUGAAUGCCAAGACACAUCUGCCAAAAUGCCUCCUAAAUAGACACCGGAAAGUCUACACCCUAUUUGUAACCUCCCAGAGACAUCCCAGGGACGACGGCUGAACCACGUGCGUUGUCCGGACACCACCGACCGUGUAGAGCAUUCGUCCCAAGGGCCGUAGAAAGCUGUCGACCUGAACAUGAAGGGCAACCUUGAGGGAAUGAUGUCACCCUUUCUGUGCCGUGUUCAGCGUCGUAACUCAACGUGUUCAUUCUCCCUCGACCCCUUUGACCGUAUGGUACCAGAUUGAAUUUCCUCGCCUCCGAGCCACUCGCAAGUCAUUAUCGUCAUUUCCUCCAUGCCCAUAACCCGUUCUAUGGUUGAAGGGUUUUUGGACAGGAAGAGUGUGGCUCGAGGGUGGAACUGAGGCUGAAUGUGGCAAGAAUAGGAGGAUCUGGUACCGGCAUUCAGUAGUCCCCUUCUGCUGAGAUUGUAGCGCUGGGGAUGAUGCCGAACAACACAAUCGUUUUUCUGCCCCUGGGCUGCACCUGAAAUCUAAGCGGCUGGGGUAAUGGAGUGCUGAAGAACAGAAGUUAGUUUUUGUACCAGAAGCAGAGUUUCAUGUUCAGGUCGACGUACGUGCGAGUACUUCUCCAAAAGCCGAGUACGAACCCUUAUACAACGGGCAGUACUGCCUGUUGUAUAAGAGUUUGUACUCGGCUUUUGGAAAAGUGCACAAGUAAACAAACCUACGAACUUGACUGGAGUAUGGAAGGAGGGAGGCUAUUGGGGUGCUUGCAUUCCUCGAACUAGGCACGGCUGUCGUGCAGUGCCGUGCCAUUAAAUGAAAAAUAGAUAAGACCCAAAUGCUAGAACGACGUUGCGGCAAAUCGGAAGGAGGUUUCCUCGCCGGCGCUUGCGUGCCCCUCUCCGCUUGUGUGUUUGGUUGCGCAGAGAGCGCCUUUACGAGUUUGUCUCGCGAGAGUUGCGUGUCACUUGGAAAACAAAAUGUAACGACACCAUCACCACCAAACGUGCAAAUAAAACUUAUACCAUUCAUCAACAUA